AUGGUGGUUCUUUCUCAACCCGCUGCAUUAGACCAUUUAUCUGAUCUGAUCAAAGCGUGCAAGCCCACCAGCUUGUUCACUGGAAUUCCAGUCGUGGACCUCUCAGACCCUGAAGCAAAACACCACAUAGUCAAGGCCUGUGAAGACUAUGGCUUGUUCAAGCUGGUCAACCAUGGAGUGCCAUUGGACUUCAUGACCACGCUUGAAGCCCAAGCUCUCAAAUUCUUUGACUUACCCCAGUCAGAGAAAGAGAAGGCAGGCCCUGCCGAUCCAUUCGGCUACGGAAGCAAGAGAAUUGGCCCAAACGGUGACGUGGGUUGGAUUGAAUACAUCCUUCUCAACACCAAUCCUGAUAUCAUCUCCCCCAAGUCCCUCUCCAUUUUCAAAGAAAACCCAGAAAUUUUCCGUGAUGCAGUGUUAGAUUUUAUCUGUGCGGUGAAGAAGAUGACCUUUGAGGUAUUGGAAUUGAUGGUUGAUGGGCUGGGGAUUGAGCCAAGGAAUGUGCUGAGCAAUCUUCUGAGAGAGGAUAAGAGCGACUGUUGCUUCAGGCUAAACUACUAUCCGCCAUGCCCAGAGCUUCAGGCAUUGAGUGGACGAAACUUGAUUGGGUUUGGAGAGCACACAGACCCACAGAUCAUCUCUGUCCUGAGAUCAAACAACACAUCAGGCCUGCAAAUCAGUCUCAAGGAUGGGACUUGGGUUUCUGUCCCACCUGAUCAGAACUCCUUUUUCAUCAAUGUUGGUGAUUGUUUGCAGGUGAUGAGCAAUGGGAGGUUCAAGAGCGUGAAGCAUAGGGUUUUGGCAGACACUACAAGUUCAAGGAUUUCAAUGAUCUUCUUUGGAGGGCCACCUUUGAGUGAAAAGAUAGCACCUCUGCCGUCACUUAUGGCAGAAGGAGAAGAAAGCUUGUACAAAGAGUUCACGUGGUGUGAAUACAAAAAGUCCGCGUACAAGUCAAGGCUGGCUGAUUAUAGGCUAGGGCUGUUCGAGAAAUCUGUGCCAAUGAUGUCAAAUUCCCAAUUUUAG